UGUUCCGACCAGUGCCCUUUGGGAAUACCUAGUUCUCGCCCCUCUGAAAGACAUGUGGUUACUUGGCAACCAAAGCAUGUGGCAGCACUGCCUGAAUAGGUAGCUUAGAUCUACAGGAGAGUCUAAUGCCACUCUUGCCUAACAUCUUAGGAGUGGCUGUCCAGGGAGCAGUGGAGAGCUGCAGAGCCUUUGCUUGCGUGAGGUCCAGGGGAGUGGCCUAGGGAGGAAGUGAAGGGGCUGAUGGGCUCACCCUACCUUUAUGACACUCUGGGGACAGAGAAGGAUGGGGUGCUCCCAAGAGUUGUAUGAGAGGCAGCUGCAUAAAUGGCAAGCUCUAGCUUGGAAUUUAGACUCCAUAGCUGAUUGGCUGUUGGAAGGUUGUCAUAUGCAUCCCACCCUGGACAGAUGUCCCCUCUCCAGCAUUAUCAUGGAUUGCCAUCCAAAAUGCAGAGACACGCACAGGUUGUGGGGGAUCAGGCCCAAGGUACAGCAGGACAGCAUAGAGUGGGCACUGCUGGACCAGCUGUUGCCGGCUACCAAAGACUUGAGCAGGUAACACAUGCAAGACCAGGGAUGCUCAUUUCAGUUGUGUCGAUACCCCCGGGAGCAGGAGGCCCAAGACCUGAGCCCUCCCCUGGGCCCCCGCCACCCUUGCUGCCCAAACCAGGGAAGGACAACCAGAGACUUCAAAAGCUAAUGAGAAAGGCUGCUCGGAAGAAGAUGGCGGGCAUGACCCCCACCCCACCUGGGGCCUUCCGUUCCUCCCUGUCCCCCGUGAGUGAGGCCAGUCAUGACUUGGAGACCAGAGUCCCGUGUCCUGCUGGAGCCCCUCACACAGUGGCCCCUUUACCCCGCUCCCCACACACCCCCAUUAUUCAUCACGUGGCAUCACCCCUGCAGAAGUCCACUUUCUCUUUCAGCCUUCCCCAGCAAAAGUCUCUGGCCAAUCACUUCAAGGCGCCUCCUAGUCUUGAAGCUCCAGCCCCAGAAACUGCCUGCCCCCGCAGUGGCUUUGCCCAUGUAUCUGCUCCUACAGCAGGUGGUACCCACAUCACUCAAGUGCAUAUCCGGCUGUCACCAUCCUCACAUAUUGGGACUUCUGAGUCCCCCAGAAUGGCCCUGGAUGGAGAUAAAAGCCUGUGUACUUCUAGCACCCAGCCUCUCAUCCCAGUGGCUCAUAUUCGCCCAUUGCCCACCAGGGUACAGGCAGUCAGUCCUGGGCCCGAGGAGUCCCCUAUAACAAGGCCACCACCUAGCUUUCAGGCCUCAAUGAACAGAGAAAGUGGUGCUAGGGUGGUGGUGCCCAUAGCCCCUACAUACCGCUCACCUGGACCCUCACCUUAUAGCCCAGUUUCUGCAGCUCCUGAAGCAAAACAUCUAGAGGAGCUGCCCACGGCCAGGCUUGGCACGGAGCCCAAACAUGUCUCUAACCUCCCUGGAGUCUCAGGCCCCUCAGACCUCCACCCAUCCCCUGUUCCCAAAGUUGCACCUAAGCCCUCCCUUAGUGGCUGGACACGGUUAAAGAAGCAGCUGAUGGAAGAGGCAAUGGAGCCUGCAUUUCCAGAACUGGAGCCGAACCUGGAGCCAACACAACCAGAGGUGCCAGUCCCUGUGGGCCCACAGCCCCCUGCCUCCCGAGCCUCCAGGAUGUGGGAUGCAGUGCUGUACCGCAUGUCACUGGCUGAGUCCCAUAGAGACCACCCUGUGGGGCCUGGAGAUAGGGGCCACCCUUUGGCCUGCCUCAGCCGCCUGCCUUUUCUGUGCCGACCUCAUUUCAAUGCUCGGAAACUGCAGGAGGUGGUCCGACCCCCUCCUACCUUCCACCCCAUUCUGGAGCUGCGUUCCCAGCCCAAGAAUUUCAACCGGACAGCAGCAGGUUGGAGGCUCUAGUGAUGAAGCCAGAGUGGCCUCUGGGACUCUGGACUGUGGUGGAGAGAGACUGGUUGAGGCUGAGCAUACAGAGAAGAGAGCCCUAGCCCUCACGGAUGAAUGGGAUGGGUCAGCAGGGUGCGUGACCAUCAUGGUCAGCUGGAAGCUAGCUGCUAAGAAGUGUCUAUUGGACAGACACAGAUCAGGUGGGAAGAGAUAUGGCAAGUGGGAGAAGAGAGUGAAGCUGGGAGCAUGUGGCUGGAGGUGGUUUGGGGCUGUAGAGAAUGUGCAUUGGAGAAUGUUCAUGGAUGGUGGGAGUCUGGCUUCAGGUCUAGGGUCUGUUGGGGGCUCUAGUCCCAGUGCAAAAGGGCUUGGAUGAAGAGUAUUCAGAGGCACAUAGGACUGGGUAAUGGAGGAAGGAUUUUCUGUGGUUCCAUGUGUAUACUGACAGCAAGGGUUUACUGGGUAAGUCUGCACUGAAUGCAUGGUGUAGGGAAAAAAUCACAGCCAGGUUUCAACAGUUGGGUAAGGGUAGGUUGAGCUAAAGGGAUACAAAGAGGCAGGGUCCAGGGUUAGAGAAACUCCUAAGAUCCGCCAGACUCUCAUCAACUGUGAGAGGAGGAAUCCAGAGGAACCAGGAGUGGCUUCCCAUUACAGCCACCAUAACAGAAUUCAGCAAGGAUGGAGCUGGCAGCCCCAACUGGGAUGUGAUGGGUAUUAUGGGUUGUGGAUGGAGCCACCCAAUAAAUGUAUGUGUACCACAUGGACAA